GUUUUUUUUUUUUUUAAUUCGGACUGUCACAGAUUUUUUAAAAAGUUAUUUUUGUCCUAUUUGGCUGAUCUAGUGCACAUUUUGCUUUCCUGUGACAAGGAAGCCUCAGCUUAUUCAAUGUUGUGAGCUCCUUUGUUAUCUGUCGUGCUGAACUGUUAAAGGCUAUAAAAUACAAUUUUUAGGGCAUAUUACCACCAUGGAAAAUCACAAUUUUAUGAUAGUGGCCCUCCACGAUAAACCUGAUUCCAUAGAAGAUUGUGUAAAGCUCUUGAAUGAUGAAUGGCCCAGGAGUAAAACUGCAAGAAAUGCACAUUCUAUCAGGAUGAGGUCUAUUGAAAGCUCAAACCCGAACCUUCCCAUUUCGCUUAUAAUAGUCAGUAACACAACCAUAGGUAAAGGUGAUGUAAUAGGUCAUGCAAAAAUUGCAAGGUUACCUUUUGAUCCAGGAAGCUGUAUAAUUGAAUCUGUUCUGAUAAAUCCAGCCAACAGAGGAAAGGGUUUUGGUAAACUGCUGAUGGAAGAGUGUGAGAAACUUGCAGUAAAAUUAGGAUUUUCAACAGCAGUGCUGUCCACACACGACAAACAGCAAUUCUAUCAGAAACUGGGGUAUGAAUUUUGUCAACCGGUAUCCCAAUAUGGCGCAGGUCCAUCUCCUUCGAAACCUUCGUUGUCCCAAAUCAAAGAAAAUAAAGUUCCUACAAAAUCCGAUAAACCCACAUGUCACGAAGAAAAAGAUUUAAAAACUUCAGUUACCGUUCCACAACCACCACCUCUGCCAAAGUCCAAUAAUGCAUUUUGCAUCACUAAAGUGUACAUGAAGAAAUCUCUAAAUCAAUAAACUUGUAGCUUAAAUACUA